AGGAGGGGAGAGAGGCGCAAAAGGCACCAGCCGAGCCCAGCGCAAGGCCUCCCUCCCAUUGGCUGCGAUUCCCUUUGUGCGCCAGGCAGCUGCGAGCCUCAGCUCUCCAUUUGAAUGUAUACAGGGCACUGGGAAGGGACCAUUUCCAUGGGCCAUCUGUCUUACUCUAGCCCGCAGCAGCAGCAGCAGCCUCUCCAGAAACAGCAGACGCCAGCACUGCCAAAACCAUCACCAUCGCCACCGAGGAGGAGAAGGAGGAGGACCGCCGCCGCCGCUGCCGCCACCAUCACCACCAUCACCGAGGGAUAGUUCCAGCCCCAGGGGACCACAGCAGCUGGCCAGGAUGGUUUUGGUACACGUCGGCUAUCUUGUUCUUCCAGUGUUUGGCUCUGUGCGAAACAGAGGCGCUCCUUUUCAAAGGUCUCAGCAUCCUCAUGCUACCUCCUGCCGGCACUUCCACCUGGGUCCCCAGCCUCAGAUUUCCACAGACUUCCCCCUGCCUCACGCCGUCCAGCCUCACAUGGCAACCGCGCACCAGCACGGAGGCCCCCUGCACCCGCCCCUACCGCCUCUGCCUGCCCUGCCAUUCCAGGAAGUGACGGGACCCUCUUUCCUACCUCAGGCCCUUCACCAGCAAUACCUCCUCCAGCAGCAGCUCCUCGAGGCCCAGCACCGCCGACUCAUGCCUCAUCCCAGGUCACCAUUAAGCUCUGUGCAGGCAACUGAUCCAGGGCGGACUCAGGAGCGUAUCUCUGUCCAACCUCAUCGGUUACACCCAAGCUUCGAAUUUGGCCAUCAACUGCAGACUCCUCAACCCAUGGGCCCCCAGCCCAGAUAUUUAGCAGAAGGAACAGACUGGGAUCUCAGCGUCGAUGCUGGCCUAACUCACAACCAGUUCCAGGUCAGGCCAGUCCCACAGCACUAUCAGCAUUACUUAGCGACACAACGAAUGCAGCAUUUCCCCCGGAACACGUCCUCAACGCAGAUGGUUGUUCAUGAAAUUAGAAACUACCCAUAUCCUCAGCUUCAGCUACUUGCUCUUCAGGGACUGAAUCCAAACCGACACACGUCCGCUGUGAGGGAAAGUUACGAAGAGCUUUUGCAACUGGAAGACAGGCUGGGCAGUGUGAACAGGGGGGCCGUCCAGAACACCAUUGAACGGUUCACUUUCCCACACAAAUACAAGAAGAGGAGACCGCAGGAAAUCAAAGCAGUAAAGGAAGAUGGGGAGGAGUCGGACACCGAUGAGAAAUGCACAAUCUGUCUCUCGAUGCUUGAAGACGGAGAGGAUGUGAGGCGUUUACCAUGUAUGCAUCUGUUUCACCAAGUGUGUGUGGACCAGUGGCUCGCGACCAGCAAGAAAUGCCCCAUCUGCCGAGUGGACAUUGAAACACAGCUCGGGUCUGACAGCUGAGAGAGGAGAGCCAGCUCUGGGGAUGUGUCCUCUUUUCCUUUCCUUUUCUCGGUCCUUCCUGGGGCGUCGCAGCCCCUCUGCAGCAAAAGUUUUGCCUUUCUGAGCCAUUUGAUUUUGUGUGUGUGUGUGUGAAGAAAGCCUGCAAGCACAUUCGCAGAUUAUUUAAAAAAA